CUGUCGGUAAGCAACAAUUUAAUUAUUCUUCACCACACGAAAAACAUGUCUCACCAAAUUUCUACAUACGUUUUCUUAGACUUAGAAUCGACUGGCUUACCGUCUGAAGAGUGUAAUAAGACUAAAAUUACCGAGUUGUGUAUGGUAGCUGUAUGUAGAGACCAUUUGUUAGAAACCCGGCCAGGUUGUGCCCCCAGAGUGCAGGACAAAUUAACUCUAUGUUUCAACCCUCAAAAAAUAGUAAACCCCGAAUCGUCUGACACAACGGGACUAGAUAACGAUUUGCUUCAAUAUAAAUCGCCAUUUAAUAAAGAUAUGUGCAGUAUCAUUAGGACUUUCCUUAAUGUGCAGCCAAAACCAGUGUGUUUGAUAGCUCAAAACGGUAUGGGAUUCGACUUUCCUUUAUUAAAAAAUCACCUUGAGAGAAACAAAGAAAGUUUAUCGGAGGAUGUGAUGUGUGCAGAUUGUUAUCAUGGAUUUUAUGACAUACUCGAGGACAAAGAGGAUGAAUAUAAUGAAAUUUUGAGUAUAAAAAUAGAUGAUUCUAUAUCAUGUAACAGUCCAGAAAAUUCAACAGUGAAUAAAACCCGAAAUCAUCAAUUACGAAAUGAUAAAAUCAGAAAGGAUUUGGGUAAAAUAUUUUGUAGUUUAUCUGAUAACAGUGACACGGUAGAUAAAACAUGUCAGGACCAUUAUGAUAUUGUCGGUGAUAAUUCUAUUACUGUCUCAAAAGCAUCCAUCCCAAAUGGUUCCACUACAGACAAACUUGUAGAAAAACAUGGAGACACAUUAAUCAAUGAUAAUCUGAACGAAUUGGAUUUACACGCAAGUAACAGGAUGAAGUUAGAAAAUGAAUCUACUCCGAAAAGACAAACAAAAUACUUGCCUCGCACAAAGAAAACUAUAGGUGAAAUCAGGAACCGGAGAUUUCCGUGGUCCAAUAACAACAAACCAAAAAGGUCAUAUAAACUCGCUCAUAUUUAUGAAAGAGUAUUAAAUCGAGUGGCUCCGGAGGCCCAUCGCGCUGAAAAUGACUGUAUAUAUGCUCUAGAAAUUUCUGCGGCGAUAGCUAAGGAUUUUGUGACGUGGGUAGAUGAAAAUUGCUGUCCAUUCUCUGAAAUAAAGCCAAUGACUAUUGGUGUUAAAAUAGGUUUCUGAUAGUUAACCUGGAAGAAAGUAUGCAGAGAUUGUGGCAGGUGGAGAGAGGUAGUCUCUGCCUGCCCCUCCGAGACCUGCUCAUCUUGCUCAAAUCAGCAUUUUUUUUUUGAUAAUUUCUUUACGUAAUGUAAGAAAAAUUUGAUUUUCACUAGUUUUUUUUUAUUGUCAUACCAUGGUGCAUGUUUUUGUGAUAAUUGAUUUUUUCCGAUACAAUUUUGUUACAAGUUUAUUGUAAUUAAUUAGUAACCCAAUAAAAAUCACGUUAAAGUAAUGCAAUUUAGUGCAAUGUAUGUUUAUGUUUACAAUUAGUUAGGAAUUUUAAUGUAUUAUAAUACAAUGGCAUUUACAUUAUUUUUUAAUGCAGUGUAGCACAAAGCCUUCCUAAAUUUAAAUGAGAAUAAAAUUAUGAUUGUAUUCAUGAAAUGGAUAAAUCAGAAACUGAACUGAUUUAAAAACUUUAGCUCAGAAUGCUGUGUUUAUCAUAUAAAACUAAAAAAGGAAAUAUUUUUAGUUCCUACAAUUGUGGAACACUGGAAUAUAGUCAAUUAGUCACCCAGGCGUUUUAUAAAUUUAUUUAUUUAAUUUGGAAAAGAUUUUUAUUGGAAAUGUUCACGACUGACUUUCUUACCAAAGACUUGUAUAAAGAUUGGCUGUAAUUUAUUUUUUGAUUACCUAUUAAAUAAUUUUUAUUUUUGCCAUAUGUUUCAAUAUUUUGCAUUAUUUUUAAUAUUAGUUUUUUUAGAUAGAUAUUGUUAAUAAUGCUACAUUGUAAGUAAGUUAUGUUAUAUAUUAUAUAUUGUUAAUAAUGCUACAUUUUAAGUAAGUUAUGUUAUAUAAUAAUGAUGAAUAUAACAUAUAUUUUUGGAAACUA